AUGGCUUCUCAACCCCCCGUGACCAAGUUGAAGAACGAUGUGGAGCAGUUCGAUACCAUUAGCGUGGCCGAGCACGAUGACAAGCCACAGCAUGUUGAACUCGACAAGUUCGGCGCGGCGGCCAAGUAUUUCCUCAAUUUUAUGGAUCGAAACGCGAUUGUGAAUGGCAAACUCAACGGCCUCGACAAAGACAUCGGUCUGCAUGGCACCCAGUACAACACCUGCGUGAGCAUCUUCUUUGUGGGAUAUCUCGUUGGGCAGGUCCCAUCAAACAUGCUACUCACCCGCAUCAAGCCCGCGUAUUACAUGUCUGGUUGGAUGUUGGCAUGGGCUGUUGUAUCGACACUAAUGGCUAUUGUCAAGGAUUACAAGGGCAUGCUUGCUUGCAGAUUCGUCCUGGGUAUCACCGAAGCGCCAUUCUACCCCGGCGGCGUGUACUUGAUUAGCGCGUUCUACAACCGCAAAGAAUCCGCGACCAGAAUGAGUAUCUUCUAUACGGGAAACUUGCUUGCUAGCUCAUUUUCCGGUCUGAUUGCAGCUGGAGUAUUUGCGGGCCUUGACGGGAAGCAUGGCUUGGAGGGUUGGCGGUGGUUGUUCAUCAUCCAGGGUGUGGUCACGGUCGGAGCAGCUGUUUUGGCGUACUUUAUGUUGCCCAACGCGCCCCUCGAAACCAGAUGGCUCACACAACCCGAAAGAGAGCUGGCACACGGCAGAAUUUUCCGUGAUACUACUGGUCGUACAGCGAAGGUCAGCACCUGGACAGGUCUCCGCGAAGCGUGCUGCGACUACCGCACAUGGCUUUUUGCCUUGAUGCAGAACCUCCAUCUUUCGGCCAACGGCUUCAAGAAUUUCCUCCCUUCUGCUGUCGCCACCCUAGGCUUCAGCACCACCGUCACCCUCGUCUUGACUUGCCCACCCUACCUCAUCGCAGUCUUCACUUCCGUCGCUGUUUCCUGGUCUUCAGGCCGCUUUAACGAACGUACAUGGCAUAUUUCGGUUUCCAAACUUAUCGCCAUCAUUGGCUUUAUCGUUGGAACUGCGUCCCUCAACAUUGGCGCGCGGUACUUCGCCAUCAUCCUAUUUGUCGGUGCAACAUACGGCGUCAACAACAUCAAUCUGUCCUGGGCAGCCUCUGUUCUCGGGCAAACUGACGAGAAGAAAACUGCCGUGAUCGCGAUCGUGAAUACUCUCGGAAACUUGUCGUUUGUGUACACACCAUACUUGUGGCCCGACAGCGAUGCGCCUCGUUUCAGCAAAGCAUUGUAUGCUUCUGCGGGGUUUUCUGCGGGCGUGGUAAUCGUUGCUUGGGUCAUUCGAGUGGUACUGCAGAGGGACAACAAGAAGAUCCGGGCACAGGACAACGAGGCCAUCAACUUUUACGUCUACUAG